UGGGAUUUACAAACCUCUGGCUCUCUGACUUCUGCACUGGACAAGCAUGGAGGAGCAACAAAUCCCAAAUUUCAAAAACUCAGGUGUCACAGCAAUAGUGCCUCUGGCCUAGGCUCGCUGAAUAAAGAUGCACAUGGGCUCUGGGAGACAAAGCAGCACUCAAAUCAGAUGACUCAAAAGAGGAGAAAGAAAGCCACCUUUUAAUCUCAGGUCAACAGUUUGGACGGUGUGAAUGAUGUGAGUCGCCAGAUGACAAAAGGCCAAAGUUGAUUUUAAGACAUGGAGGUGCUUCAGUUUUGUGUCUGGGAUCUGUUGGCAGAUGAGCCUUGAUGUCAACAUGGGGUCAAACAAGCCGUAAAUGUUUUGCUGCGCUCACCUGACUUUUGUCAGCACGCCAAUGCAGCAUAGAUGAUUUACCCUUUAAAGAGACAUAACUGGGAACGAACACAGUCUAAUGAUGUAGCUGCUACAGGUGACUUACAUGUGGCCUAUGAUUCAAGACAGUCCAAUUACAGUCAGUAUGGAAGUGCAGACAACCUCUUUAGUCUGGAUAUAUUUGAACAGGACAGAACAACUGAACACUUCAUAUGAAUACAACACUACAGAUUUGAUUGAAGACUCAGACAAGUACCAGUCUUACAUAAUUGGUCUCUUCCUUUCCUGUCUGUACACCAUCCUCCUCUUUCCUAUUGGAUUUAUUGGUAACAUCUUAAUCCUGGUGGUGAACCUGAACCACAGAGAGAAGAUGACCAUCCCCGACCUUUACUUUGUCAACCUGGCUGUAGCUGACCUCAUCCUGGUGGCAGACUCCCUCAUCGAGGUCUUCAACCUGAACGAGAAGUAUUACGACUACGCUGUCCUCUGCACCUUCAUGUCCCUUUUCCUGCAGGUCAACAUGUACAGCAGCAUCUUCUUCCUCACGUGGAUGAGCUUCGAUCGGUACAUCGCCUUGGCUAGCUCCAUGAGCAGCAGCCCGCUGAGGACUAUGCAGCACGCCAAGCUCAGCUGCAGCCUCAUCUGGAUGGCCUCCAUCCUGGCCACGCUUCUCCCCUUCACCAUAGUGCAGACCCAGCACAGGGGCGAGGUGCACUUCUGCUUCGCCAAUGUCUUUGAGAUCCAGUGGCUGGAGGUGACCAUUGGCUUUUUGGUGCCCUUCUCCAUCAUUGGUCUAUGCUACUCUCUGAUCGGUCGCAUCCUCAUGAGGGCCCAGAAGCACCGUGGAUUGUGGCCACGGCGGCAGAAAGCCCUGCGCAUGAUCGUUGUGGUGGUUCUGGUGUUCUUCAUCUGCUGGCUCCCAGAGAACGUCUUCAUCAGCAUCCAGCUGCUGCAGGGCACAGCUGACCCAUCGCAGAGGACUGCUACCACCCUGUGGCACGACUACCCGCUCACAGGCCACAUCGUUAACCUGGCAGCUUUCUCCAACAGCUGUCUCAACCCCAUUAUCUACAGCUUUCUAGGGGAAACCUUUAGGGACAAGCUGCGUCUCUUCAUUAAGCAGAAGGCCAGCUGGUCAGUAGUGAACCGCUUCUGCCACCAUGGCCUCGAUUUACACCUCCCCGUGAGGAGCGAGGUGUCGGAGGUGUGACUGCUGAGAAAAGGGACAACCGUUAUGAAACUGAAUCCACAAACUACACCCAAGAAAUCUUCAUAUCAGUGAUAUAUCACCCAGUGUGAAAUAUUACCUCAGCUUUCUUUCAACUGUUGUUUAGCUUCGCCUCAUAGUUGUACCAGUGUCUCAGUUAACGUGCUCACUUUCUGAACAAAAAGCACCAAGAAUGUGCACUCAAAAGCUGAAAAUGACUUGAUGUGUGUAUCUUUUUAAGUAGAUAACAAUCCACAUACAGUACUUAAAGCUAUUUCAUGUUUAUCUGCAUGUUGGACUGUUUUUCUUUAAGUGUAUUUGGUGUGAUAUUCCUUGCGCUGGAUGGUAAAGCAGGCAUCAGUAAAUGAAAUACUAGUGAGAGGCAAAAUGUCAACAUCUGCCCUAGGAGCACAGCCUGUGCACAAAAGUAACUAAUGGACAGAUGAGUCUUAGAAAAGAACAGUGUAAGUGUGUAAGACAGACAACAGUAGAGAACUUUACAUUGUGUGACCUCCUUAUAUAAAUCCUCCAGGGCAUUUUCUGGGUGUGUGGUAGGGAUAGCAAAGGCUGCGUCACAGCUAAAGCAACAUAUGUAGAGGAACUACUGCGUCACAUAAAAUCUAAUCAGGCUAUCCAUUUCAGCUGCACUAGAGGAGUCAUUUCAGUUAAAACUCCACGCGUGCUUGCGUGCUGUAAAAAGUAAAUGUGGCAUUUAUCAAAAAACUCAAGCAUACCCACCGUCCACAACAUUGUGACAAGUCAUGACGAAAUGAAUGUUGGGCAUCUGAAAACAAUGUACUGGCAGUUCAGGACAUCACAGUUAAGGAACAAAACUGAGGACGCCGCAAGAAGCAGUGACUCGCUUUUCACUGCCACCCUCUGAGAUAAUACAGCACCAGUUUCUUUGUACUUUUCCAUCCUGCUUUUUUAUCUGUAUUGGACUGGGGGGACAUGGCAUGUAGUAUUCCAAACAUUCAUUGGACAAUGCAAAACAAAUAUUCACAAAUGUGUUUUAUUUUCAAAAAUAAAGAAAUGCCACAUUUUAAAACAUAUAAAAUGAAAGUUGUUGAUUGAUUCCAAUUGCAACAAGUUUGUUUUUUAGAUUUCAAAAAUAGCAAACAGCAUUUAAAUUAGUUUUAUAUAUGUGUGUCUAAGUAUUACAUGGAAUGAAUAAAGGGUAAUGUAGCUAUACCCUUUAUUUCUGACUUGUUAUAUAUAGAUUUUGGGAUGUGGUAAGGCAAGAAUCAGUGAGUGCUCAUUUGAGUUAUUACCCUACUUGUCAGUUCCUGUUAGCGUGAUGCCGGAGCAAAGAGGCAGGUGUUGUUUUGCCAGGAGGGGAUGAGACUGGGUAAACACAUCAUUCAACAUUGAUAACAUGAAGCUGCUUCAAUCUUUUGUUCUUACCCGUCUUAACAUAUAUUACGGUGAUAAACAACAGUGGACAAACCACAGACAUAAGUAAUGGACCUGCGACAAACAAUUUUCCAAGUAAAACGUGCUUUAUCUACACAUUUGUGACUGUUUUUUGUUUGUUUGUUUGUUUGUUUGUUUUUUUGUCUGUGAACUGAUUCAACUAAUUUUUCUUUCAAAUCCACUUAAUAUAAAAACUGAAAUCAAACAUAUGACAUCAGACAUGUAUCGUUCUCAAAGACAUCACUGGAUAUUCUCUGAAAGUCCUCGCUCCUCAUUAACACAGUCAUCACAGGUUAAUGUAAUGUAGAUUACCAGGCUACAGAGGUGCAUUGUAAAAAUUCUGAACUGUUUCCUAUCAGAGGCCUGAUAGUAACCUGUCAUAAAGUUUUACAGCCUCUUUGUUUGUUGAUCUGUCAGGACAAAUAUUAUAAAUUCUUUUUCUGUGAUAUCGCACUGGUUGUUUUCUGAAAUUCAGUAGCGCUUUCAGUCAUCUGUCUACACUGAAUAUUUACUCUGUUAUUUAUAUUUUUGCAAAACCAAACACAAUACAGCAUCAUGUACAACCAAUUCUGUGCAUUGGGAUUUUUGAAGAGAUUGUUUGGU